GGGCAUUAGGAUUACAAACAAAACCACUCCCGCACUGGACUCUUUCACACACAGAAAGCGCCUUGGCUGAAAGACAAAAACAGAAUACAGACUCACACUUGUUGCGUUGGAAAAUGACUGAUGAUCAUAGUGAAGUUAAUUAUGGUAUUUCCCCCCCUUCACAAAGCAAUACACAAAUAGAAAUGACAGAAUGCAAUAGCAAGUUAACAUCGCGGUGAAUGAAUCUCCCUCGAAAAAGGGUUUGAAUUUGCCUUUUCCGAUUUUCUAUGGAGAGGAGAGAGGAAGGGGGAGGGGAGUGGGGUUGAUUUUGUUUAUUAAUCUCAUAAGUUAUGCCAUUUGACUUAUUGUAUGAUCCAGGACACCUGUUAAUUUUGACUUUCUCUGAGCCAUAAAAACUGAUGGAUGAUCAUCACUUAAUCUUCACAUUCUGUGAGUGGAAUUCCUAUUUCAUUCAAAUGAACAGAAUUUAAAGACAGAAAGGAACUUCAAGUACAUAUCAAGGUGAUUUCCCGAUCCCAGGACGCUACCGUCCUUUAGGUCUGGCCGAUCUGAAGGGACUGGUUCUUGCCCGGCAAUAAAAACAGGAGGUGAAAAAGUCCGUUCCUUGCAGGUAGGGCUGUGUGAGUUGAGCCCUCCCGCAUGUCCGUAUGCCAGAAAGAUUUAAAUCACCUUGGAUCUUCAUCUGUGGAGCGUUACAGUCAGUUCGGUCAGAACCAGGUCUUUUAUUUCAUUUCUUCUUGUUGCAAUAUUUUAUUUCACGGAGAGCUCAAUUGUAACAUAAGGAAAGCGGCCUUGGAUUCAGGCAUUUUCAGACUGUGAGGUUAUCAGUGCAUUGUAUCAAUUUGUAAUAGGACUGAGGUUAAUCAAGAAUAAAGAUAACUCUGUCGAAAUUUCUCAUCCUUGCCGUACAUAGGAAGUGAGUCUGCAGGAUGCCUGAUAUAUUGCAACAAAACUGAAAAUACGUGCUUAUAUCGUGAGUAAACUAGGCCUAGAAACUUUUUUAUUUUUGCUCUGUUUAAACAUUUCACAACGCUUUUGUGAACCGAACAUCGCGGCGCAAGUUCGGCGUAACUUGAAAGCAAAGCGUUAAUGUUAUUUCUACAUGGCUUACAUUGAAAUCUUUGUCACGAGGUCAAAUUGAUAUCCUUCGUCCUGUGCACGCGUGUCAAAACAAUUUACAGUCAUUUCUUGAGUCAAUUUUUUGCUCACAGAUCCCUAAAAAAAACCAUGAUUCUUUUUCUGCGCUAAAUUUGGAUCCAAGUUGUUAUGAGGAAUUUUGAAAUGGCGUAACGGUUUUUAGAGGACUCAUUUCAAUUUCAGUGUAACGCUUGAUAAGUGAACGUCGCAAAGGUUUGGUAUUUGAGUUACAGGUACCAAUGAAUUUCUCUCUCAUUCUGUUAGACUUAUGUACAAAAGGACCCACAAUUGGCUGAAUAAAAAAAAAUAUUGCUUUAAGUCCGCCAGCUUUCCCUGUAAAGCCGAUGUUUAUUUUCGUAAACUGAAUGAAUCUUUGAGUGGCUAUGAAAAUCGGAGACUUGUAUCAAUACAUAAUUUAACAGAGACCGAACGUUGUUCGAUCUUAAUUCGUGUUGGUCAAAAGACAAUUUUUUUAGUGGGUCAGAUAAAGUUGGACACGUUUUAAUGCAAAGAGGUUGAACCUGACGAGAGGGGUACUGAACACAGAUAUCUCAGACUUCAAGCAGGAUAUUUGCCCACAAGGAUGAAAAAUAAAAUAAGGAUUGAGGCUGUAGAUAAAUUAAUGAUUACAUUUAGUCACUGAGACACUGAGAGGAAAGCAGUUAUAAUACAAAUAAGCUUUUUACAGGGUGAUAAGCUCGUAAGUGGAAAGUUCUUUCUCGAUAUUCUUCUAUUUAGGAAUCAGAAAUUGAUCAAGAUAAAGUGCAGUAGGUAAUAUUUGAUUUCUUGACAAACAUUAACAAAAAACUCUGCCAAAUAACGUAAAACUUUCCAUUUCUGUUUGCGGUGUUUUUUUAAGUCAUUGUUCUAAUUUUGGUACCCGUGUAAAUCAGCUUGUGGCGAAGGAUAGUUUCGCUUUUAUUCAUCUUAAAAAGCUUUUUAUUCUCUUCAUAAUGAACGAGCAAUUAAUAAGUCGCUCUUGUCUAAAUUACAAGUAGAGGCUAAAAAAUUUCUCCGCCCUAAAGCUCUCAAAUAUUAAUUCUAGAGUAAGGGGAAAAUGUUUGAUUAAAUACCAGACAUAAUUUCAUCCGGGAAGAAAGGUUUACAAAAACUGAAAUAUCGAGAAAUUGUUUGCCAAAUUUCAAUCCCGGGUGUUGGGCAAAUUAGCAGUGGCUAAUUACAAGUUUUUUGCUGCAAUUGAAACUGUUUUCCGUAGAAAUAAAAGAGAAGCCAUUAGCGAUAUAAAACAAAACUUGAUAGUAAUUACCUUUAAGAAUUUGCAUGCAAACUACGGACAGCUGGCCAAUUAGUGUCUAUUCUCUUAUCCUGAGAGAUUAAUCCUGCGAGUGCUGUUUUUUUUUUUCGAUUUUAAAAACCGCAUCUAAGACGUCCUUUUAAAAGUCUCGUUAAGCCAUGUGGAUAUCCUGAUUUUUUUCGUUUUUACCAUCAUAUUGAUUAACCUCUGAAAGUAAGAAACAGGGCCGAUUUUAAUGACAGGAAUAUAUGCUUGGUUAACCGUUCCAUUUUUCAAUUUGCUUAUCGCGUUCGAUAAUUGCGAUGGUUUUCUUUUCCCUACUCAUGGAUACCUGUUCUAUUUCGUCUACUCUGGCCAAUAGAAAGAGUCGCGUCAUUAGAGGUAAUUACGCGCCGAAAUAACAGUGUUUUUGUUAGGUCGCCGCCAGAUAUCAUUAGCAAUGAACACUGUUGAUGACAUACCGGAAGACAAUGGUUUUACAAGAAAUCGCUGGUUGAAAACUUCUUGUCGACAUUAACUUCGUUGUAUGCGCGUUGAAAACCACUUUUCGUUCGAGAGAAGGGAAAGACAAAUCUUGACACAGCCUGACAUCAUGGCCACGGAGAACAAGAGCCUUGUAAAAACAGAGCAAAACGCUCAUCUCUGCAGCGGCUGCAAAAUGCCAAUUACAGAUCGCUACUUGUUGGAAGCUUUGGGACUUUAUUGGCACGAAGGUUGUUUAAAAUGCAACUGCUGUGAGUGCAAACUUGGUGAUAUUGGAUCGACGCUUUACAAUAAAGCGAACCUCAUUCUCUGCAAGAGAGACUAUUUAAGGUUGUUUGGUGUCCCCGGUGUGUGCGCUGCAUGUAACAAGCCAAUAGCAGCCUUCGAAUUUGUAAUGAGGGCCGCGAAAAACGCAUAUCACAUCGAGUGCUUCUCCUGUCAGAUUUGCAGACAGAGGUUCAGAGUUGGAGAAAACUUCCAUUUUUACAACAACAAAGUCCUUUGCUGGGAUCACUACCGAAUGGAGAAAGAGGAAGAAAGUACUGCAGAAAAUACAGCAUAAGAAACAAGAGUUGGGCGAGGGAGUUUUCCUUGCUUUAAGCAGCUCCAGCACAGUUUUUCGAACGAUUUUGUUAUAUGAAGAAAAUUCAGUGUACAUAGAAGAAGACUAAAAAAUAAUCCUUGUAAAUAAAAACCUAAGAGGUGAGAAUAUACCAAAAAAGAUGAUAAACAAUGAUUGCGAAGAUCGGGGAAGAUUGAAAAUAAUUAACUUCAAAUAUUUAAGCUAAUUAUUUCGAAAUUGAAAAAAUAUGAUGUAGCGUCUUUAAUCUUAAAAUUAAAAGACAAUGAUAAAAAUAGUUUCAAUGCCUCGAUAGGCGUUCUCGUGCUGGCUUAAACCAGAAAGUUUUUAUUAGUCCAUAAAGAAAAAGUGUUAAACCACAAAAAAUGUAUUUGCAGGUUUGAGCUGAUGUGGACAAUGUCGCGAAAAUGAGCUCAAAAUUACGCGCUAAAAACCCGCUUCGGUGUUUGUAUAGAUAUUUCAGAAAGACAAAUGGAAAUAAUUUCGAAUAGGGUAAUAACGAAAAGUGAUGAUAACACGAUAAUCAAAGAAAGAGUAUUUAUCCACAGAUUAGAGACAAUGCUGGAAAACUUAUAAAGGAAACUUAAUAAAUUCAUGUCAUGAAAAUUGG